AGCAGCAGCAGCAGCAGCAGCAUGGACAUUACCAUCCAGCACCCCUGGUUCAAGCGUGCUCUGGGACCCCUCAUUCCAAGCCGUUUGUUCGACCAGUUUUUUGGAGAGGGUCUCCUUGAGUAUGACCUCCUGCCUUUGUUCUCGUCCACUAUCAGCCCCUACUACAGGCAGUCCCUCUUCCGCAGCGUGCUGGAGUCAGGCAUUUCAGAGGUGAGGUCUGAUCGGGACAAGUUCACAAUCAUGCUGGAUGUAAAACACUUCUCUCCCGAAGACUUGAGUGUGAAGAUUAUUGAUGACUUUGUGGAAAUCCAUGGCAAGCACAGUGAAAGGCAGGACGACCACGGCUACAUCUCCCGCGAGUUCCACCGCCGCUACCGCCUGCCCGCCAACGUGGACCAGGCUGCCAUCACCUGCUCGCUGUCCAACGACGGCAUGCUGACCUUCUCGGGCCCCAAGGUCCCCUCCAACAUGGACGCCAGCCACAGCGAGAGGCCCAUCCCCGUGUCCCGGGAGGAGAAGCCCACCUCCGCGCCCUCCUCCUAAGCGCGCCGGCCACCACCCGCAGCGCUCGCUCCCAGAGCCUUGCCGUAGAUAUCAGUGAAUAUCUAGAGGGGUUUCUUCUGUUGGU